AUGGGCGAAGAAUCACAGGCCGGCGACGGAAAAGUGGUGUUAAAACGUAAAAUAACAUUGUUCAAUGGAGUGGGCAUCAUAAUAGGAACGAUUAUUGGUUCUGGAAUUUUUAUAUCGCCGACUGGAGUUUUCCUUAACACCGGAUCAGUAGCCGCAUCACUAAUAAUAUGGCUAGUAUGUGGUCUUCUGUCCACUCUUGGGGCGUUGUGUUACGCAGAAUUGGGGACUUCAAUCACCAGGUCGGGAGGUGACUAUGCGUACAUAUACUCGGCGUUUGGACCAUUGCCGGCGUUCCUUAGACUGUGGAUAGCUUUACUAAUUAUCAGGCCAACGACACAAGCUAUAGUGGCACUCACUUUUGGACACUACGUGGUCAAACCUUUCUUCCCUGAAUGUGACCCUCCACAAAAUGCUGUCAGACUGUUGGCUGCUGUAUGUCUUUGUGUACUUACGGCAGUCAACUGCAUCAGUGUGCGUUGGACUAUGCGCAUUCAAGAUGUCUUCACUUCCUCGAAGCUGCUCGCCCUGGUGGUCAUCAUAAUAUCUGGCAUCUAUUAUCUUUGUAUAGGUCAUACCGAGAACUUUGAUAGACCAUUUGAAGGAGAAUACAGCGCAGGCAAGGUGGCGUUAGCAUUCUAUUCUGGUUUGUUUGCCUUCGGAGGAUGGAACUACUUGAACUUCGUCACAGAGGAGCUCCAGGAUCCUUACAAGAACUUGCCUCGUGCGAUAUGGAUCGCGAUGCCGAUGGUGACGAUAAUAUACGUGAUGGCUAACAUGGCGUACUUCGCUGUGGUCUCCAAAAGCGAGAUGAUGUCCAAUCCUGCUGUUGCUGUGGUAUUUGGUGAUCGGCUAUUCGGUGGUUGGAGAUGGGUGAUCCCAGUGUUCGUGGCGCUUUCAACGUUCGGUGGAGUGAAUGGUGUACUGUUCACGUCAGCUCGCUUAUUUGCCACUGGUGCGCAAGAGGGACACAUGCCAGCUUUCUUUUCUCUCUUUCACAUCAACAAACAGACUCCGAUACCUUCACUUAUUUUCACGUGUUUCUUCUCUCUUCUUAUGUUGACUACGAGUAACGUGUUCGCAUUAAUCAACUACUUCUCACAAACGCUGUGGCUGUCUGUGGGCGCUUCAGUAGUGGGUAUGCUAUGGCUACGACGUAAGAAACCCGACAUACCGCGACCGAUCAAGGUCAACAUAGUCAUACCUUAUUUGUUCCUAAUAGCAAUCGCGUGUCUCGUCAUCAUUCCUGCGAUCACGCAACCCACAGAUACCGCUAUAGGACUCGGCAUCCUCCUGUCCGGCAUACCGGUCUACUACCUCUGUGUCAAAUGGCAAACCAAACCUGAAUGCUAUAACGUGGUAUCGGCUCACGUGUUACGAUUCCUUCAAAAGCUUUGCUCUUGUACCUAUGUUGAAUCUUUAGAGAAAAUGUCGAAUUGAUUUAUUAUUUAAAAAUAUUAAAUUUUACGCUUAAAUAUAAUAGUUAGAUAAGGUGUUUAUUGGACGAGCUUAAUAACAUUCGUAUAUUAUUAUGCACAUAUGUAAUUAUGCAAUUGAUAUACUAUUCGACCAAAAUAUAAAAUAAUUCUCAUAUCACGCACGAUGGUUGAUCGAAGUGCUAGCUAAAAUGUUUUAAGAUUCAAUUCGUUCUUACAGUAUUUAAAAAAUAUAUGUUUCAAUAAUUUAUAAGUUAACUAUAAAGCCGAAUUUACAUUACGAAAGUAGUUGCAUGAAACUAUAAACAAGUUUCACGAAACUAGUUUCGGUGCAUGUGAAACUACUUCUGUACUAAACUACUUUAAAUUACCGCAAUACAUUGAGUUAACUUGUCACAUGUAGUCACGCUUCUGUACGUUUUCCCUCACUCCUCAACUUAAUGCCGUUAUCUAAGUUAUUUCUUGUUAAAUUGAAGUAAAAAAAAAACACGUAUCUAAUCUGACUGACGGACUAAUUAGAUUAUUUUUUUAUCCAGACAUCAUCAUUAUUACACUAGUUCCGUUACAUUAAAGAUUUAAUAUUCGCAGAUGUUGUCGCGACAUUAGUUUCUUUAAAAACGAACGUAUUGCAUCAACCUAUUUUAGUAUCCUGCAACUAAGUGGACGUUUAAAAUUGCAACUGCAAGGAAAUUGACGCAAUGAAACUAGUUUCAUUUAUAAUGUAAAUUCAGCUUUAGUGUAAUAGAACAAUUUAUAUUUUAAUUUGCCGCGCUAUAAACUUAAUUAAUGUUUUUACAUAUUGUAGACAUUUCAUAAUCUUUAUAUACGCAUGGUAAUAACCAGACAAAUGUUGGUAGUUUUAAAAUUAUGAAAAAAUUAUAGCCAUUUGACAACAUUUAUUUUAUUAUAUACCUAAAGGUUUUGGAACUUUCAAAAAAAUGUAAAAAUAUAUUAAAAUAAAUGUACUCAAAACAGAAAUAUAGAUUAUAAAUUAUUCAACUAGCAGUUUAUAACUUAUCUGGCAUGUAAAAAAAAUUGUAUAUAUAUUUUAAGAUUUAUGUGUAUUGUUUUUAUUUAACGAUUUUUAUUCUCAGAACAUUCAAGUUAUUAAUGUAGAUUUACUGAUAAGAUUUUAUUACAACUUGUACCAGAUUUUAUUUUUUGUACACUGCCAGUUUUCUCGUUUAAGUGGUUUGAAAGUUAAAAUAUUUUAUUUCAUACAAAAAAAAUCUUUGAAUCGUAAACGAUGUAUUUAUUUAGGUAAGCAAUUAAUAAAUUUUAUUGUAAAUAUUAUUAUUAUCAUGGAACAGAAAGAAAGUAGUGUAAAUUAUUAUGAAAAUGUAAUAAUUGCUAUUGUCAGUAGAACACUAUAAAGUUAGAAGUACCGAAGGUCGAGCUCAAUAUUAAAAUGUGAAAUAGAGAAUGAAGGUAGGUUGAUUUUAUAUUAUCGGAAAGUUCAUUCAACCUAACCUUAUAAAGGGAUGAAAUCACCAAUUAAUCCUGUAUCUAAAAUAUGUUAGUAAUAUUCUAUGGAAAUCUGUUGUUUUGUACUCAUUUUGCUGUUUUUGCCUACUUGCCUUCUUGAAUACAGUUCAAAAUUAAUUUUCCUUUUUUUAGGUUUCAAAACGGCUCUCUAGAGUUAGUGUUCUCUCACAUGAUACAAUGAUAAUUUUAAGUUUGAAUAAAUAAUACUGCCCUGUAUUAGAAAUUGCUAUUAAAAAUUAAAAAUGAACAUACAGUAUGUGAACGACUAUGUUCAACUGUAGUAUUUUCUUUAGGCAGGUGAUAUAAUAUGUCUACGAAUAGCGAAUAUAGAGUUUUGUUAAUAUUUAAAAGUUCUGUUUAGACUGCCCAAUGUGACCUUAUUGUUAUACGUGUACCUACCUACUUAUCUACAUGAUAAUUAUUGCGAAUCAUCAGUUGUUAGAAUUUAAAUUAAUGGAUGCUCUCUU